GAAGAAAAUGCCUCCACAAGUCUCUAAUGGCGGUGCUUCUCAGAUCGGUCCUUCGGUUCAGUUAUGUAAUGGCUCAGGCUUACGUUCAAGUCCCAAGCAUGGUGGAACAGCUACUAGGAGGAUGAAAUACCAUGGAAAGAAGCUGCUUCCGGUUCUUGUUCUCAUCCUUUCUUGCCUUUCCAUUCUCAGGCUUCUUAAAAUAGCAAUGAUUGCUUCACAUUCUUCGUCUUCGUUUCAAUCAAAUGCACCGUCGACGGUGGCUUUAGAGGCCGACCGCCGUGUCAAAACCUCCACGGCCUCCGCCCUCACCCCGAAGGAAUUCAUGCUUCUUUCGAAGAUCAUUACACGUAAAGCGCCGUGUAAUCUCCUUGUUUUCGGUCACCAUUCACAGUACUUCGAUCUCUCGUCAAUAAACGCAAGGGGAAUCACUGUUUUUCUCGACGAUGAUCCUCGCAAGAAAAUCGAAAUCAAAGCUGAUUCCAACGGAACUCGAGUUUAUAACGUCGAGUACCGAACACCGGCCAAGGAGGCAUACGAUUUGCUCAAGCAUGCAAGGGGAAAUCCGGCUUGUUCUCCCGCCGUAAACCUGAUAAAUCAAUCCAGCUGCAAACUGGCACUGAGGAACUUGCCCGAAGAAAUAUAUAAGCUGAAGUGGGACUUGGUGGUGGUGGACGGGCCGACCGGGGACUCGCCGGAUGCACAGGGGAGGAUGUCGACGAUCAACACCGCAGGCAUGUUGGCGAGAGGUACCGGUGAAACGACCGAUGUUGUGGUUCAUGAUGUUGAUCGGACGAUUGAAAAAUGGUUUUCUUGGGAGUUCUUGUGCCAACAAAACUUGGUUUCUGCUAAAGGGAAACUCUGGGAUUUUAGAAUAGCCGCGGAUCAAUCCAAUUCUACAAGCUUUUGUUCUUCUGAAACGCUUCAUGUAAUGCCAUAG